AUGUAUUGUGAAGAUUCAUACGAAUGUCCAAAAUGUAUCGAUUAUUAUGGUGUUUUAAAUUUAAGAAGAGAUUGCCAAUUGGCAGAUAUCCAAAAAGCGUUCAGACGUUUGGCCAUUCAAUAUAAUCCUGAGAGGCAAAAGGAUAAAAGCGUCGAGGUUGUUUUCGGUUUGAUUGCAGAAGCGUACGACGUCUUGUCGGAUCCUCUCAGACGAGCAGUUUAUGAUCAGUAUGGCGAGAAAGGUUUAAAGGGAGGUGUGCCAGGACCAGAAGGCUAUAUACAACCCUACACUUUUCAUGGGGAACCCUUAAAGACAUACAGGGAAUUUUUCGGAACGACGAGUCCUUAUGCAGAUUUAUUAGACAUACCGAAGAAACCCGUAAAAUCUUUGGAAAAACCUGAAGAAUGUGAAAUUAAGAGUAAAGAAGAACCUAUAAUAAAACCUCUAUCACUGACUUUAUCCGAGAUAUUUUUCGGUGGUUUGAAGAAAAUGAAAAUACAAAGACAUGUCUUGGUUGGCGAAGAUAAAGCGACCACUGAGUUAAAGGAAAAAAUUCUUACAAUACACAUCAAACCCGGAUUACCAUCUGGGACUAAAAUUGCUUUUCCAGAACAGGGAGAUCAAGGACCAACGAAAAUUCCUGCUGACAUAAUUUUCAUUACCGAGGAUCGUCCACACGAAAUAUUUAAGAGAGAUGGAAAUAAUCUUAUUAUGACUGUUAAUGUUUUUUUGCGGGAGGCUCUGACUGGAUUGACAGUCACAGUUCAUACAAUCGAUGACCGAAUUUUAAGGGUUCCAAUUACAUCAGUAAUUACGCCUAAUUAUCAAAAACAAAUAACAGGCGAGGGUUUACCAAUUGUCAACAAUCCUAAAGAACGGGGAGAUUUGUUGAUUGAUUUUAAUAUUAAAUUUCCGGUGUAUAUGUCGGUUGAAAGUAAAAAUUAUAUAAAAAAGGCUUUCGAGAUUUCAAGUGAUACUGAUUCAACAGAGGACACCGAGUAUAUUCAUCGAUUUUUACUAGCUGAUAAAAUACGAAGAAAUGUCGAUGAUGACGUUCCUUUACAAAGAAGCCCCGACAAUGAACUAAAUAAAUUAGUUUGUUAAUUACAAAAAAAAA